AUGGAACUGUACAUUCAUCCUAUGUCACCGCCAUGUUGGGCCGUUCUGCUGCUUGGCCGUCAGCUAGAUUUAAAAAUCAACCAAAAAGUGUUGGAUUUCGGAACGGAGGAACACUUGAAGGAGGACUUCGUUAAGAUCAAUCCAGAACACACGGUUCCAACGCUGGUGGACGGAGAAUUCAUUCUCAGUGAGUCUCGUGCGAUUCUGUCCUACCUGAUGGAUGCUUACGCAGAAGACAAUCAUGCGCUCUACCCGCGGGCGGCAAAGGAACGGGCUGUGAUCCAGCACAGAUUAAAUUUCGAUUUGGGAACCCUGUACAAUCGUUUUUAUGCCUACUGCUCGCCAAUGUGGAACAAAAAGGCAACCUCGACCGAAGCCCAACGGGAUAAACUGUACGAAGCGUUAGGAUUUUUGGAAACCUACCUCGGCAGAAGCCGCUACGCCGCCGGAGAUCAUCUAACGAUUGCGGAUGUGUCCUUGGUGGCUUCCGUUUCGGCGAUCGAGAUUUGCUAUGUAAAAUUGGAAAAGUACCCAAAAGUGGUGGCCUGGUAUGAGCGAUGCAAAAAGGAAUUAACCGGUUACGAAGAUAUCGUGGCCAGCCAGUUCGAGGGUUUCCGCAAGUUCAUAGGUGAUCCAGCUUGA